GAGACUAUUAUAAGAAACUUAUUCUCAAACGAAAAAGUAAAAGUAUAUCUUUAGAAAUUAUUUGUCUUUUUUAUAUGAAAUCAAAAUGAAGGUAUUAAUUCAAGUUCAUAUUUUGUUUAUGAUUUUUUGGGAAAUUCAGAGCACAGCAUAUUUUGUUGAUAAUUUGCUCACUUGUCCACAAAAUAUGAUAGCUUAUUCAAUUAAUGAGAAUCCUACAGAAAGAGUGUGCGAUUGCAAAUCACAGCUUUUGUAUUAUCCACAAGAUGAUUCAUGUUACGAUGCUUAUAGACAAGGACCUUGUCCAUACAAACAUUAUUUAGUACUUCUUCCUGGAGAAGCGGUGGCAAGAUGUGUAAAGAAUCCUUGCAGCGUUGAUGGCUUUGUUCCUUAUCGUGGAAAAUGUCAUAUUCUCUGGGCAAAUGGAAAACCCUGUGAUGAUGAAUAUACAUAUCUUGGUUUCAACCAAAAUUAUCAAAUUGAAUGCAAUAAAUUUAAAUAUCAUGGAGACUUUGAAGAUUUGAGAAUAUCAAAAUUCUGUACAAAUAAUUCGCACCUUAUUUCAACAAGCGAGGACAACACUAGUUACAGUUGUGAAUGCAAUCAAAGAUUUUUAUAUUUAUCAAAAACUGAUUCUUGUCACAUGGCUUAUAGACAAGGCCCUUGCUCUCCUGGAAACUAUUUUGUUCUUCCUUUGGGUCAGAAUGAACCGCGAUGUGAGAAGAAUCCUUGUCAUGAAGAUGGUUUAGUUCCAUUUGAAGGUGGCUGUCAUCAAGUUUAUAAAUCAGGACCUCAUUGUCCUAUUCCUGAUUUAUUAACAGUCGACGAAAUUACUUUUCAAUUGCAAUGUACAUUUGAAACUAAAUCUUUUGGACCGCUAAGUGCUGGUGGCAUUAUAAAUGCACCGCGAAAAGUGUGUCCAUUAGGAAGUCGACGAAUUUUAACACUAUGUAAAAAAGCUUUUCAAUAAAAUAUGCUAAGCUGAAAAUAUUAUUUUUUAUAAUAGUUUUUAUUUUAUCCACUAAUAGGAUAGGUUAUAGCUGACUUAAAAAAUAUAUUUUUGGCUUAAAAAAAUAGAUUUUUUUUUUUUUUUUUUUUUAAUAAAACCGUGAUUUUAUUGUAUUAUCAAAACACUUGUUCAUUUAAGUUUUAAUUUCGAAAUCGGAAUCAAAAAUUAACUUUCGAUUCCGUUUGUUGAACGAAACGAAAAUUGAAUCUACUUUUAUUUACUUUCUCUAAUUUAUAUUUUCUAAGAAAGAAAGUCAGAAAGUAAAAAAAAAAACAAAUUCAUAGAAUGAAUGAAUUCUAGAAAAAAAAAUUUUUAACAUGUGAAAAAUUUUAAAACUAAAAUUUAUAUAUCCCCUAUUCUUAUUUUUAUAUUAUUUAAAAAAAAUACAAUGUGCAGGGCGUACGGGAAACGUUUGUUAUCUACGGUUAAAAUAUUUAAUUGUCCUAACUUUCAUACUUUUAUUUCUGUAUCUAGAAAAAAAUGAGUUGCAAAUUUCUGCAAUAUUUUUUUUUACAUAUAGAAAUACAUUUAAUAAAUGUGGAAAAUUUUAAAGCAGUAAAAAAUAUGACGCACAUUUGAAGAAUUAAAUUCUUGCAAUAAAAUAUAUCAAUUUGUCGACAACAGUA